GCAUUCGAUAAUUAAUCAAUUAUUUAGCUGUACGGUCGCUCCAACCGGAAUAGUUCCUAGCUUCGGAAGUGUGUAUAAGAAUCGUCCGCAAAAUGGCGUCGAUGAAGAAGAGGACAACGACUACUUCAACUUCAAAAAAAUUGAGUAGCAAAUCGAGCCACAUGGAGGACCUGAAGAAGUGGAGCCACAUGGAGCAGCUGGCCAACUGGAUCGUCAACGUGCGCCAGAAGAAACUGAAGUGCCACAAGACCCUGAAGCGAAACUUCCGGAUGGAGGCCGUGCUGACUCACGCCCUGCACAAGGCCGAGUACGAGUUUCGCGCGAAGCAGUUGUCCAGGAUGUCGCGCUGGCGUCGAUUGCAGAAGGACCUUCUCAAGAACGUGGACUAUGGGACCUGCGCUUUGUACAACGCGACCGAAAGGGAGAAGCAGGACCUCGUCCCCGAAAGGAACACCUGGCGGGAGCUGAAUCUGUGUGAGGAUCUCAGUAGCUUGGACAAUUUUCUGCAGCAGCUCGGAGCGGUCAAACCGGACGUGCGACGGUGACCAGAGGCCCCUCCGAUCAUCUCUGGAGGAAGGAAAGCCAGACUUAAUUCCUCCAUUUCUUGGUCCAUAUUGGGAUCAGGUGUAGAGCAAAGAAGCUUAUCAACAAUUGCUCAAACUAGGAUUUUUAAUGAUACGAUCAGCCAGUCUCUUGUUUUUCUGUUACUCGUAACUUUUCUACUCAUUGCUGAAGCAGUCACAUCAAUGGAUUGGGAAACCCAGACUUUCGUCAGAUUUCAGCAGCCUCUCUGAUCAUUCCUGAAGCAAGGAAAUCGAGACAUGGUUUCUCCGUCUUUUGGGCCAAACUUGGGAUGGGGUGCGAAGCAAAAAGAUUUAUCAGCAAUUGCUCAAACUAGGAUUUUUAAUGAUAUGAUCAGCCAGUCUCUUGUUUUUACUAUUCUAAUUUUUCUACUCAUCGAUGAAGCAGUCGCCUUGAUGGAUUGGGAAACCCAGACUUCCAUCAGAUUCCAAGAGCCCUUCCAAUCAUCCCUAUAGCGAGGAAACCCAGACUUGGUUCCUCUGUCUCUUGGGCUAGACUUGGGAUGGGAUGCAGAGCGAAGAGGCUUAUCAACAAUUGCUCAAACUAGGAUUUCUACUAAUGCGAUCAGCCAGUGUCCUGUUUUUUUUGUUACUCUAACUUUUUUACUCAUUGCUGAAGCAAUCACAUCAAUGGAUUAAAAAACCCAAACUUCAGUUGCAGAGAGGCUGAUCAGCGAUUAACUUCAUAAUUUUUAAUGAUGCAUUUAAGUCAGUCUUUUGUUUUUUCUCUUAUUCAAGGAAAUGGAGAAAAAAGUUUUAUAUUUCAUAUGCCAAGAUUUGAAAGAAUUUACUGUUUCAAUAUUAAUAGCAUUGAUCGAUACUUUUAACGUAACUGGGUGAAAUCUUUGGGAUCAAAUGGAUGUUUGAUUCUGCUUUUAUUAUUGACAAGUAGGCCUGAGAAUUCUGUAGAUAUUAUAUGUAACAUUUCAGAAGGCCUUUGAAUUUUAAGAAACAUGAACAAAAGUUCCUAGAAUCAACGGCGAGGGAAGAACUAUGGAAGUUUUUAAAAGAACAAUGCUUAGGCAGCAUUGCGGCAAUUUUUGCAGUCUGAUAUUUACCCUAGUAUAUAUCUGGGUAUUUUUUAC